GGGUCCCUUGUCUAUUCUUCUUACUCGGACUCCCUCCUCCUUCCCCGCUUUCCUUCUUCCCGUCGCUUGCCGUUGCUCUUAGCCGGCGCAUCGAGCCAUGGGAAUGCUGGCUGAGAUAUUAGAGGGUAUGGCGUCGGCGGGUUUUAAGCGGAGGUGACGAUUUCCCUUCCCUGGGAGCCGCCGCUUCUGGCUGUGAUGAUGCUGUGAAGGAAUCUCCGCGGCCCGUCUUGGGAGGGGCGGAGGAUUCGUGAUGGUAGUCUUGGAAGUGGCGUACUACUAUCUCGCUUGCUGCUAAUCGGGGUUGCCGCCUUUCUGGCCGGUGGCGUCUUUCUUUUGGCUUGGAACUGUUGGUUCCUGUCGGAUCUCUUCCACCCCGAGGACUGAAUUAGGAUGGGAGAAGCUUUGAGUGUAGGAAUCUGAGAAGACUCUUGGAAGACUUGUAUUAUUGGGUUUUACUACUGUGAUAUUAUUUUCAACCUGCAAACUUCGGAGUGCCUAUCCAUAUCAAAUGAACCCAGCGGUCUAGCUCAAAUGUUCAAGUCAUUGUGUUAUGGCCUUCUGACCUUUUCCCUGCUACUGUCUGCAUCUGCAAUUGAGAUAGGGUACCAACCAUGCCAUUGCGAUGGAGGUGGAUUCUGGAAUGUUGUGAACAUUUUCCAAUGUCAAAAAGUGAGUGAUCUAUUGAUUGCUGCUGCCUACUUCUCUAUUCCACUUGAACUAUUGUACUUUGCCACAUGUUCCAACCUCUUCCCCUUCAAAUGGAUUGUCAUCCAGUUUGGUGCCUUCAUAGUGUUAUGUGGACUGACACACUUGUUGAAUGUGUUCACAUACGAACCCCAUUCAUUCCUCUUGAUGCUAAGCUUGACCAUUUCCAAAUUUUUCACAGCACUUGUAUCAUUUGCCACAGCCAUAACGCUCCUGACCUUGAUCCCUCAGCUUUUGAGAGUAAAGGUGAGGGAGAACUUCCUGAGAAUAAAAGCCCGGGAAUUGGACAGGGAGGUUGGCCUGAUGAAGAGGCAGGAAGAGGCUGGUUGGCAUGUAAGAAUGCUUACUCAAGAAAUUCGCAAAUCUCUGGACAGGCAUACCAUCUUAUAUACAACUAUGGUUGAGCUUUCAAAGACAUUGGGCCUACAAAAUUGUGCAGUGUGGAUGCCGGAUGAGAAUAAAAAAGUGAUGUACCUAACUCAUGAGCUAAGGUCUAGGAACACCUCUGAUUUGUACAGCCAGGCUAUCCCUAUUGAUGAUUCAGAUAUAUUAGAAGUUAAAGAAACCACGGGUGUGAAGAUUCUCAGUAGUGAUUCUGUGCUAGGCUCUGCAAGUAGUGGAGACAGGGUUGAGUCUGGAGCAGUGGCUGCAAUACGCAUGCCAAUGUUAAAGAUUUCCAAUUUCAAAGGUGGAACCCCAGAAGUUGUUGAAGCAAGCUAUGCAAUACUGAUUCUGGUCCUCCCCAAGGAUACUUCGAGGGAUUGGAGCAAUCAGGAACUAGAGAUUAUUGAGGUGGUUGCAGAUCAGGUUGCUGUUGCCCUCUCUCAUGCUGCACUUUUAGAAGAAUCGCAAAUGAUGCGUGAGAAGUUGGCGCAACAGAAUCGAGAUCUGCUUAAGGAGAGACAGAACACUCUAAGGGCAAGUGAAGCAAGGAAUCAGUUCCAAGUUGCCAUGAGCCAGGGAAUGAGAAAACCCAUCUAUUCCAUCUUGGGUUUAUUGUCCAUGAUUCAACAAGAACACUUAAGUCCUGAACAAAGAUUGAUUGUUGAUACCAUCGCAAAAAGUGGCAGCGUGGUUUCGGCAUUGGUUAAUGAUGUGAUGGAAAUUUCUAGAAUAAACAGUGAGCAGGUGUCUUUGGUAUUGAAACCUUUCCACCUGCAUUCUAUGAUCAAGGAAGCUGUAACUGCUGCAAGAUGCCUUUGUGAUAGCCGGGGAUUUGGUUUUGGAUUUCAAAUGGAAAAUGAAGUGCCUGAUCAGGUUGUUGGGGAUGAGAAGCGAAUUUUUCAUGUGAUACUGCAUAUGGUUGGUACUGUUCUGAAUGGCUGCAUUAAUGGAAGAGGGUCUCUUAUGUUCCGAGUUAUGGGGUAUGAUGGGAUCAAAGAUAAAGAAGAGCAGGGGUCUGCAUGGAAAUUGAACUUCUCUGAUGGUUAUUCUUGCGUGAAGUUUGAAAUUGGAUUAAGUAAAUUAGAAUUUGAAAGAUUGAGCUCGUCACCAGUUCAACAUGCUCGGAUAGCUGAUUCUGAAGGUUUGGAGAUGGGCCUUAGCUUUAGAAUGUUCAAGAGGCUUGUUCAGAUGAUGCAAGGAAAUAUCUGGGAAUUUAAGAACUCCCAAGGCAUCACAGAAAGCAUAGCACUGGUUCUUCAAUUCCAGUUGCAACUGUUGACCCGAGUACCAGAGAGCAGAGGAUCUUUUGAGCUGCAUUCUACAUCUUCCACGCCUAACUUCAAAGGUCUCAGGGUUCUGCUAGCUGAGAGUGAUGAUACCAAUAGGGCUAUUACUCGUAAGCUCCUUGAGAAACUUGGUUGCGGUGUCUCAUCUGUCAGCUCUGGAAUUCAAUGCCUUAGCUCAUUUGGUGCUGCCGUCACACCCUAUCGAGUCAUAUUAUUGGACCUACACAUGUCCCAAAUGGAUGGUUUUGAAGUAGCGACAAGAAUCAGGAAGUUUAGGAGCAGGUCUUGGCCUUCGAUUGUGGCUUUAUCUGUGAGCAGAGAGGGUGAUAUAUGGGAGAAGUGUCUGCAGUCUGGGAUGAACGGCCUGAUAAGAAAACCUGUAACAUUACAGUCAUUGGGAGAUGAAUUAUACAGGGUCCUCCACAAUUCAUAGAGGCUUCAAUGCACUAAUGAGGUCCAUUCCUGUGCAAUUCUCAAAUUUCCCCCACCUUUUGUAUUUGUACACUGGAAACAUGUAUACAGGAAUCAGUUAAGGUUUUUUGAUUCAACCAGGGUAGAUCAUACCAGUAGAAUUGACCACAGACCACUUCUGAACUCACAUGAAGUAAACUUGUUAAAGUCCAACUUGCAGAUUUGUAUGAGGAUUGCAACUAAACUGUGGGGGAUAUUGCAGAUCUACAAGGAUUUAUCAUUCAUUUCUUAAUUUGCAAGCAGAUUUGCAUCUCACCAGUUAUGCUAUAUGGGAAUCUUCAGAAUUCUCAAAUGGAAAUGGGUCACAGCAUUCAAACAUGCACAUAUUUAGAAGAAACAUCCUAGCAUGGAACCCACAACACUGGAGGUCCUUCCGAGCAGGCUUGAUGACUUGGGGCACGAUUUGGUGACUUAGAAAUAUCAAUAAACCCACAGCAAAUUCAGCAUUCCAAACAAUCUCCAUGUCUGAGUCGACGCUGAAUGUCAAAUGGUCUAGGUCUUGCCAACCACCACUCGAGGCCAUGUGGAUAAUAAAUAUGAGGUGAAAACUUGGAACCAAGUAUUUUCUUGGUAGCUAUUGUAAUUAUUAUGCUCGUAUUUUUUUUAUAAUUGUAAUUUCUGUAUUUUCAUCAUUAUAAAUUCCACUUCUAUCAAA